ACACAACUACAUCGCACUCGCACCACCAUCAGCUCGCAGCUACAAGCAAACCCACUCCUUUACAAGGGGCCAUCUCCAACGAGGCCACCAUAACGGACUGCAUCCCCAGUCCAACACUUCAGCCCAAUCGCUUGGUCUAGCCACGUUCCAUGUCGGCAACCUUCUCGCAGCCAUCCCCCCCUUCCCUCUCGCACGACCACCCAACAAAUAGGCGUCACAACCUCAUCGCCACCCAACUCGGCCAAAACAAGCUCUACAUUCACCUGUUCUCUUCUCAGAACCACUACAAGAUACACUGUGCUUGAAAAGGCGUCCGCUUGACGCCACUCGAUGUCCAUCACGAUGAAUUCAAGCGCGGGGAGGAAGGGCAAACGAGGCCCAACCUCCCCUUCCAACUCAACCCACUCUCCGCCCAUCAACACUUCCCCCCUCCCAAAAAUCAAACUUUCUAUUCGUCCAACCACACCCCAGAGCCGCGCCUCGUCCUCUGGCCCACGGUCACGCGGACAGUCGUCGAGCAACCAGCGACGCAGCGUCUUCUCAGACAGCAGCAGCAGUUCCUCGGACCUGACCCCAGCCGAUGACGACGAGACCGAGGACGAAGACAUCAACUAUAUGCCUAUUCCUAUCCGCAAAAGCAAAAAGAGAGAGUCCCUUCCAUCUGCUACCCCGUCGUCAAAGGACAAGGGCAAGGGGAGAGCAUUUGGCAGCUCGCCUCAUACCAUCCCCGCAACGACACAGGAGCGGCCUUCCAUGGCACCACGCCCCACAACCUCUGGCCCUAGCGGCCGCGAGAGGAAACGCAAGCUCAAGUUAGGUGAAGUCGCUCGCCGUCGCGCUCGCGAUGACAAGUUUGGCUUCGGCGGCGAUCGGUUUGGCGGCAGCGUGACUCCCACACAAACAAGAUUCCCCAAGCCGCCAAUCGACUCUGACUCUACCUCAUCUUAUGGCGACGACGAGAGUGACAGGGAGAACACCCAAUCUCUAUUUGCCGGCGAUGAGACCGAGGACGAGGCAAUUGGAGGCCUUCCCGAGGCGUUUGCAGGCCAAGAGAUCGAAGACCUCCACUAUGGCGCUGGUCCUGUUGUGCCACAAGCCGACGACGACACCGAACAGGAAUGGUGGCAGGAGGAGGAAGACGACGAGGACGUUAUCGCUCAGCUGAGCGGUUCCGACAUCGAAAACAUGCAGUCGCAGUCGUCUGUCCACGCCUCCGACUCGGACGACCCAAUGUCUUCCUCGGAGACCUCGGACACGGACGAGGCCCUGGACGAGUUUGGCUUCCCCCAGCCCUUUGGUACCGGCGAAGCUGAGGCUGCCUCGGAUGCGCCUCUUAUUCUCAUGGAGAACUGGGACGGCCAGUUCGUGCUCGUCCAGCCCCGCAACGACCGCUCGCGUGCUACAAGGCGUGGAGAGCGUUCAUCUAGGACCGGCGGUUCCGUUGGCGAGAGCGCUUCAGCUUCUGCUGGCGAGCAGCAGCUCGUCAUCGAUGCCGACGCCGACGACACGGACAGCGACUGGUCGGGCCUCGACGGCGAUGACGACGGAGGCGACACGACCGACUCCAUGGCCGAGGAGGACAUGCCCGUCCUCGAUAGCCCUGCCUUGGACGAGAUCAUCGGCCAACAGCUCACCUCUGGCUUUGGCGGCGUCACUUCCCUGGCGGACCUCGACAUCUCCAGCCUCGAUGUGGCAAACCUGGACGUCUCUGGCCUGGAUGUGACCAACCUGGACGUCGCUGCCUUGGACAUGGCUGCCCUUGACAUGGGCAACCCGUCCAUUGUCAUCACGGAUAUGACUGUCGACUCACCAGCCCUGUCAACCACCAGCUCGCUCUCCACUCCUGCGCCUGCCACUGUGGCACCCGUCACUCCUGUUCCCGUCGUCACUCCUGCCGCGGCACCUGCUCUUCCCAUGAUGGGCACUUUCCACGUCAGCGACGAGCCAUGUGCCCACGCGGUCAUUGACGGCACCGGUGUCACCACAAAGUCGCCGUUUACGCGCCGUCGCCGUACAAAGACUUCGGACACGGCCUCCAUCUCGUCGACUGUCAAGCGCCGCUCAAGCCUCAACUCGACUGACCCCUUCUCGCCCAGCGUCAAGAAGGUCCGCUACUCGUCGAUCCCAGGUCACCCUCGAUACAUUGCAGCUCGUCGUGCCGCCCAGGCGCUGGUCGACGAGCGCGAGUCUACACCUUCCGAGGACGAGGCUGCCUUCUCGCUCGAGGACAUGCUCGACGCGUCGGUGCUUAGAGUCAACGACCUUGACGGUGACGAGGCCGCUGGCGAGACCCAGGACCAGCUGAGGCACCUCUUCCGCUUCGACAAGGUGCCAGUGUCCAUGUACAUGCGCCGCAACUUUGCCUCGUCCAAGCGGGCCCAGCACGACCACUCUCCUGUCCAGAGCGUCGCGUACAACGCGUACUCGUCGCCUAUCGGAAGGAGCAGCCACGGCCCUACUGCCCUUGGCGACACGCUCAUGGCACCCCAGCACCCGGCCAGCCGGAUGCUGAUUUCUCCUCUGCUCCAGCCGACCGAGUAUGACGAGUCGUCGGCUCUGAGCCGCAAGGACCGUCGCAAGGCUCGCAAGCGCGGCGAGGUCGCUCCUCUGCAGAUUUAAGCCCUGGACAUGAUUGUGGACGACGUGAAACGAAGCAUGGCUUUCAAGCGCUGAAGGCAUCACUUUCCUCCUUUCCCAACCACCACCACCACCACCCUGCACAUUCCCCACACCCCUUCCCCCCACCUACCCACCCACGAAUCAACGAAACAAACAGCAUAACAAAUACUAGAAGUGAAGAGAAGAAAAAAAAAUGGGCCGAGCCGGUCCUGGUGUCGGAACAGAGUCUCUAUGUGUCUCCAGUCUCCCUUUUGUCAAAUCAAAUACUGUGUCAAUAGGCCCCAGUUAUCACCGCCAGUCUCGUUGGG